AGCGGUGCUCGAUAGAUCUGUUCUUUGUUGAACUGUUUCACUAGCACGUUGUAAUAUAUGUUGGCCCAUUGUAAAAUAUAUGGCUGACUAGCUAAUCUGUGUUUCCUUGGAUGUCUGUUUUAAAUUUUGAACUAAACUGGAUGGUACAAGGCGACAGACAGCAAUGUGAAAUCCCAGAGAAGCAAAACGCGACGCUGUCAGCAAGCGACCGAAACCGUAGCUAGUUGGGUAGUUAAAUUUAGCUAUCUAGUCAGCUAGCUAACUAUCCAUCUAACUAGCUAGUUACACGCUGGGGGAGCAUGCUGGACGUGGGGAAAUGGACGGUGUUUGCACUACUGCCCGCCGAGGAGCUGAGACUGAUCCGCCAGGCUUGCGUCUUCGGCAACGCUGGGAACGAGGCUCUGUACGUCACUGUCAACGAUGAGGUCUUUGCCCUGGGAACGAACUGCAGCGGUUGCCUGGGGCUGGGGGACACGCAGAGCACUAUCGAGCCGCGCAGAAUCAAUGCCCUUUGCGGGAAGAAGAUCGUGUCCCUCAGCUACGGCACAGGACCCCACGUGGUCCUCGCCACAGCAGACGGGGAGGUGUUCGCCUGGGGGCACAACGGCUACAGCCAACUCGGCAACGGCACGACCAAUCACGGCCUGACCCCGGCCCAGGUCUCUGCCAAUCUGCUGGGCAAGAAGGUGACGGAGGUGGCCUGCGGGUCCCAUCACACCAUCGCCCUCACCACAGAGGGGGAGGUCUUCGCCUGGGGCUACAACAACUCGGGCCAAGUGGGCUCUGGGUCCACCGCCAACCAGCCCACACCGCGCCGGGUCAGCAGCUGUCUGCAGAACAAAGUGGUGGUGAACAUCGCCUGUGGCCAGCUCUGCUCCAUGGCCGUGCUGGACAACGGGGAGGCUUAUGGCUGGGGCUACAAUUGCAAUGGACAGCUGGGGUUGGGCAAUAACGGAAACCAGCAGACUCCAUGUCGCAUUGCUGCCCUGCAGGGCAUCAAUAUUGUGCAGAUCGCCUGCGGCUACGCGCACACCCUAGCACUGACGGACGAGGGCCUCAUCUACGCAUGGGGUGCCAACUCCUACGGGCAGCUUGGCACAGGAAACAAGAGCAACCAGGCCGUGCCCACGCUCAUCAACAUGGACAAGGAGAGAAUGGUGGAGAUAGCCGCUUGUCACUCCACCCACACGUCGGCGGCCAAGACCCAGAGUGGGCAGGUGCUGAUGUGGGGUCAGUGCCGGGGCCAGGUGGUGCUCAGCCCGCACAUCACGCACUUCCCCUCCACCGACGACGUCUUCGCCUGCUUCGCCACGCCCUCCGUCACAUGGCACCUCCUCACUGUGGAUGGUGAUGACUACCUGACGGUGGCGCAGUCUCUGAAGAAGGAGUUUGACAGCCCGGAAAUCUCGGACCUGAAGUUCCUGGUGGACGGGAAGUGCAUCCAUGUCCACAAGGCGCUCCUGAAAAUCAGGUGUGAGCACUUCCGGGCGCUGCUGAACGAGUCCAACGAGGAGUCCAUCGCCGUCAACCAGUUCCCCUACCUGGUGUUUCGCGCCUUCCUGGAAUACCUGUACACAGACACCAUCAACCUGCCGCCCGAGGACGCCGUCGGGCUGCUGGACCUGGCCACGUUUUACCGGGAGACGCGUCUGAAGCGUCUGUGCCAGGAGACCAUCAAGAGGGGCAUCUCCGAGGAAAACGCCAUUGCGCUGCUCUCGGCCGCCGUCAAGUACGAGGCUCAGGAGCUGGAGGAGUUCUGCUUCAAGUUCUGCGUCAACCACAUGACGGCCGUCACCCAGACCCAGGCCUUCGCCGACAUGGACCACGACCUGCUCAAGAACUUCAUCCACAAAGCCAGCCGCUACGGGGCCUUCAAGAACUGAGCGGCCCGGCAGCCCUGGAGGUCGGGAGGGGGCCUGGGGUCCAGAGGGAGACUGUGGUGUGAGCUGGUGGGCUACAGUUGCAACCACCUCUGAGCGGAGCACAAUGAACAGUGACUGAGAGCUCUGUACGCUGCCCCCUGCCCAGUAUACCACUAACACAGGGUCGUGAUGGCAGAUAGAAAAGCCAUCUCUAGCAUAAGAGAGGGAUUAAGACGUAUGUCAACAAUUAAAUUGGUAAAAAGGGACACAGCUCUCCUGGUGUACUAGGAUUCGUGGGUUAGACGAUGUAGGAUCUUCAUAGCCAGCACAGGUUUUCGGAAGGUCAGACUGACUGACAGUAGAUUGGCUGAAAGCCAUUUCCCAGUAGCGUAGUGUGUUUUUGCCCAGGUGACAAGCGAAUGCUGCCCACUCUGAUCAAAGUAGUGUGCAGACCGGCCUUACUUGUCUGUCUGAGUCUUCAGCAGAGCGCGUUCCGGUGUUAGGGUGACGCACUGUACAACUGGAAUCCUGCAGUUUCAAGGACUGUAUGCCAAACUGGACUUGUAUUGGCCGAUGCUGCUUUUGAAAGACGGACACUGACCAAUAAUGUUUUCACAUUCAUACAAUGGUUCCUUUGUCAAUACUUUGAAAUGUAUGUAAAACUAAUCAAGGCCAUAGCUUACAUCUGACAUACAAGAAAUUCAUUAACUUUCCAUUAAUAAUGUAACAUUAGGAAAUGUAGCUGCAAGAGAGCUAGACUAACCAGCAGGGUGCAGGUUCAGAUUCUAGCUGUGACGCUGCCAUUGUAACGUUGAGGAAGGAGAAAACGGCACUUAUAAAUGAAUAAAUGCAUAAAUUAAUGGGUCAAAUGUAAACCAUGAUAAUGGUGUAUCAGUGAGAAACAGAGAGGUCACUUGUAGAAAGUUGUUGCUUUUGCAUGUUGCUCAGAUGCGCUGUAAGCAUGUGGUGUCAAAAAGGCUGCCACCGGCUUACCUGUCCGUCACAGGUGUGCAGGUGCGGUAUUACAUCAGAUGGCACAUUGUCCGUCUGCACUGGCAAGCGGACGAGCUGACCUCGUAGCCGCCCUGCAGCAUUCUCACUGAGGGAGCAUGUGUAGACGUACAGGUGUGGACUGUGUGCAAGUUCUAUUGUGGGACUCCUGCUGGUGGCUUAAUGAAAAGGGCUGAAGCAUUUCCACUGCCUGCUUAAAAGCAGGGAGCGAGGGAGAGUUUGUACUGACUGCUGGCCACGUGCUACGAGAACUUUUUUGACUGGGUAAACUUGUUUACAAAUUAAUGGGUAUAUAAUGCUUAUGUAAUUGUUUAUACUGUCUGUGGUGUUAUUUUGGUCAUGCCAGUUUACAGAAAAAAAAACAUACACACACCCCUUUGAAAGGUUAAAGUGAAAUGGAUUUUCUGCCAAUACUUUUAUUUGAUAGAGCUCUUGUGUCUGUGUUGAGUUGUUGAAUAAUGACAAUGUUUUUUGUAUUUUUGUAUUAAAAUGAAAAAAUGUUAGUAGCAUAUAUAGGUCUUGGUGGAUGUAUACUGUCAAUAAUAAAUUAAUAAUAACUUGGAGUUGGAAAAAGAUCUGGACAUUAACAGGGAAAAAGCAGCCAUUUAGCACCUGCGUGCGAAAACAGGAAGACGCACAAUCUAUUCUGCUCAAUGACACUAGUCGCAGACCUGUAUCAGCUAUGGAUCAGUGCAUCUACAGUCUUUGCCACGUAGAUUUACAUAUGUUCUAUCACUAACCAUUAGACAAUGCUGUUAAAAAUGCUAAUUAUGGUAAUUUUAUAUGGAAUGACCACUGAAUUGCCUUGAAAUGUUACACUGCAGCACAGAUGUUACUGGUGAAGUGGGAGUGUGCAUGGUCCUACGGGGGUGGUAGUCUUAAGUCUGUGCUUUACCGUUACCGUGCUGUUACAGUGUACUUGUUGCCCUCUCCCUUCCCUGAACACCCAGGUAGUGAGCUUUGCAGCCUCUCACCCGGAGCCGUGUGUGCAUCUCGGGCACAGCAAGGUCAACAUCCAGCAUGAGCCUCUGACCAUUUUUCAGUAACCAUUUGUUAAGGUGUGCAUGGGGCGCUGCUAAUGUUUUGCCAGAAUUGUAAUGAAAAUAUUAAUGAAAAUAAAA